AUGUCCUGUCGUGCGGCCAGCCAUGCCGGCUCAUGGUACACGGAUGAUGGCAAAGUCCUCGACCGUUCCCUUACCCAAUGGCUCUCCGCAGUCGAUCCAACCGGCAUAGCAUCAGCAGCAGAAGUGGUAUACCCGUCCAGUUUGUCCAGCGCUGUCGUGCAAGCAAGUUGCCUCACCCUGCCCAUCCGUUCCUGCCGUGCCGUUGUCGCUCCGCAUGCAGGCUACAGCUACUCGGGUCCAGCGGCUGCCUGGGCGUACAAGUGCAUUGACGCCAGUGACAUAGACACGGUCUUCAUUCUCGGCCCGUCGCAUCACGUCUUUUUGCGCGACUGUGCAUUGUCCGCCUGCAGUGAAUAUGCGACGCCGAUUGGCAGCUUGCCUAUCGACGCAGACCUUAACGCAGAGCUAGCCGCAACGGGUAAAUUCUCGCGCAUGGACAUUCGCACGGACGAAGACGAGCACAGCAUCGAGAUGCACCUACCAUAUGUGCGCAAAGUGUUCCAAGGUAAAAACAUCAAGAUAGUUCCGAUCCUCGUUGGUAGGCUAUCGGACGCAUCGCAAGCGCUGUACGGGCAGCUGUUGGCGCCUUACUUGGCCAAUCCAAAGAACUUCUUUGUCGUUAGCAGCGAUUUCUGCCACUGGGGCACGCGCUUCGAUUACACGCACUAUCGACCCAGCCCGACUGCUCACGCCGCGCGCCUCAAGAGCAGCAGCGCCAAAAUUCCAGAGCGAGAAGGCGAGGCGCAAAUUUGGGAGAGCAUUCGCGACUUGGACGCGGAAGGCAUGGCAGCCAUGUCCUACCCCCAUUCUGUUUUCUCAGAGGGCCGAGCAAACACUGCUGGCAAGAGCACCGCCCAAGCCGCAGAAGCGUUUCGAGCAUACAUGGACGAAACGAAGAACACCAUCUGCGGUUGCAAGCCCAUUGGAGUCCUCUUGCAGGCGCUCACCGCGCUGGAACGCGAUCAGGGACAGAUGAGCGAAUUGAGGUUCGUGCGGUAUGAACAGAGCAGUAAAUGCUAUAAUGUUAGGGAUAGCAGCGUCUCGUACGCAUCGGCUUUCGCAAGGUUCCUGUGA